UUCUGCCGAUGUCGAUGAAGGCAUUUUAAAUCAUUUGUUUCAACAAUCGCGCUCGUUGCCCCAUCUAUAAUGUUUUAGGGCGCUGGAGGCUCAUUCUAUUCUGACAUUUUUGUUGAAGAUUGUGUCAGUUGCUGACAAAUGGGAAAAUCAAAGGAAGGAAGCUCCGACGAGGAUGUAAAUAUUGAUAUGAAUGAUGUGUCACCGCAGAAAAGGCACAAAAAGCACAAACAUAAGAAACACAAGAAGAAGAAGAUUGUACAUGACGACAGUGAUGGUUUCGCUGAUGUAGUCGCCGAAGUUGAUCGCAAGAAAGUUUUUAAAGUUCGCUUAAAGAAAGAAGAGGACAAGAGCUUGGAGAAGAAACCGGAGAAAAUGGUUAAAGUAACUACUUUGGGGGCAGCAGGACCGAGUACAGCUACGUCGCCUAAAGCAGUGUCUAAGAAAAAAAUUAAUAAAACAGGCAAAAGUAAGGAUAGUGGCACAAGUAGCGAAGAGGAACGAUGGCUCGAUGCUAUCGAAUCCGGAAAAUUGGAAGAGGUCGAUGAUGAAUUAAAGAAGAUCAAACCAAAAGAUCCUAAAUUAAUGACUGCCCGGCAAAGAGCAAUGUUUGAGAGAAAAACUGAUACUGAACCAAAUCCUGGUGUAGAGCAAUUAAUGUCUUUGCCAUCAGGAUAUAAAGAAAAAGUAAUGACAGCAGAAGCCAUUCAAAAAGCUGCUUUAAAAUCAUUAAAGAGAAAGCAGUUGGCUGAUGAGAAAAGAGAGAAGGACAAGAAAAAAACCAUGGAGAGAUUAUUGAAGAAGCAAGAAUCCAAAGCUUCAAAGAUUAUUAGUAAAGGAAAACCAUCCAGAAGACAAGUUCCUCUAGUCACAUAUCGUCUCACAAUUGAAGGAAGUUCAAUCUCUUUGCCACCUGGUGAAGAAUUCCCACUGCAUCCUGCUAAGGAAUGUCAACCACCACCAGUCACUCUCUGUGGUAUUGAAAACUGUCGUAAUCCUAAGAAAUACUCUUGUUCGAAGACAGGCAUACCCUUAUGUAGUUUACAAUGUUAUAAAGCUAAUCUGUCUAUCUAGAUCACAUAAAUUUACGUAGAUUACCCUUUCUUAACUAUUGUUAAUUUACCUGAAUGAAAUUUUUUUGUAAACCUUCAA